CUGCUCUUUUUUGCUUUCUCCUGUACUCUAUCUUCGUUUUCUUUCUCGUUCUUCUUUAUAUUCUGCAUUUAGAAAUUGCUCCACACAAUGGACAACUACCACGCCUGCUCCCCGAUGAUCAACGAAUUUGAGGCCCGCAGAGCCGGUGCCUUCACCUCGCUCCCCAUCCGCAUGAACCGAUACAGCGAGAUCGCCACCAAGGCUGCCCAGGAUUUCGUGUGCAAGUGGAACUGCCACUUCGACGUGCGGUCUGACUAUCCCGGCUCCUCCCGCUUCUCGCAGAAGGAGAAUCCGCUGGUCAUGAUCAUUCCCGAGGCGCUGCCGGAGCGACUGGCGCCGGCGGCGUGUUUGGCUGAGAUGGCGCGGCUGCUUGAUGAUCUCUGCCGUCGGUUCGGAACGCAUAAUCGACACGAGGGAUUCGAGUUAUUGAACCGAUGCAUCGAGCAGUUCUCUGCUGCGUGCUCUUGUUCGUGCUCGGGGCCGUGCAGCAAGGGUCCAGGAGGCGGUCGUCACCACCCUCACCAUCAACAUCACCACCUGCAGCGAGUCAUCGAGGAGGUCUUCUCUGAGGUUUGCCGGGUGGAAUGCGAGCAUGGUGUGCAUCUGUUGGAGGUAUACCGGAAGGCGAUUAUUCGGGCACCGACGCCGCUGGACUGCAAGAAGAAGUUCGCGUUCGAAGCCUUCUGGCCUAUACUGGAGUUCGCUAUCGGGGUCCCUCUCUCGCACGUCGACCACAUGCUUCUGCAAGAGAUCAAGGAUGUCGCCGACGAGUGUCUCGCGUUGAACGAUGAAUACUGGAGCUGGACGGCAGGGUGUGCAGACCCCAAAGCAGGACGCAAUAUCAUCGACUGCUUGAUCCGCGUCGAGGGGCUGUCUGUUGACGCGGCACGGGAGAAGGUAAAGAGGAAGAUCGUCGAGCUUGAAGCCCGGUUCCUGUCGCUCAAAGAUAGCUUCUCCUGGCAGCAUCCGACCGAGUCGAUUCGUCUGCACCGCUGGAUCGAGGCCGUAGGCGCAGCCAUGGCCAACUAUAACUACUGGCGGGCCAGCCUCUCGUCUUCUCCCUGCUUCAGCAGCAGUAGCAGCUGCGGCAAGUCCGAGUGGACCGGCACGACGUCGACGACCCUGCUGGAUCGAGGCUCGAACCACCCAUGCGCUUCAUCUCCCAAUCUCAGCUACGGAGCCCACCACCACAACCACCACACCCUCGAAAACAAGACCAAGAACACCACGGCCCUAACCGCACCAACCAACUACAUCAGCUCGAUCGCCUCGACCCCAACGACCACAAUCCUGAACAUGAUCCCCGCCGCGCUGAACAGCUGGACCCGCGCCCCGGAGCCCACGCUCCACCACAUCCAUACGAUCUUCAGCAACCUGCACAACGCAACCCUGAUCCUAUGGGACAUCUUCACAGCCAGCCCGACGCGCCACAGCAGCCCAGCAACACACAUCGUCUUCGGCACCGCGCAAGCAACCAACAGCGCAUACUACGCCUUCACGCACGCCCUACAAUCGGUGCAGCACCAGCCGCACCUCUUCCGCAACCCACGGAACGCAACCACAAUCCUCACGGAAGGCCUCACACGACUCUUCACAGGCCAAAGCUGGGCCCUAAACUGGCAAUUCACAACACACACCCCGACCGAACCCGAAUACCUAGGUCUAAUCGACGACACGACGGGAGCGUUAUUCUCUAUCCUGGUCAAGCUCCUGCAGUCGGAAGCCCCUUGCCAACCACCACCCCACAGUAGCAAUCCCGGUAACAAAAACAACAGGGGAGACUCGCUGCUACACCUCACUAACCUCCUCGCGCGCUUCAUCCGCAUCCGCGAAGAGUACCUCUUCUUCACCUCGCCCCAAUCCCCUGCUGCCUCCUCCUCCUCCUCUACAGGCAAGACCUCAGCAGAAGGCAAGCUGGGGGGAUUCAGCUACUCGUACCCCGUCAUCCGGCUGCUGAAUUCCAGACCUGAAUGUCGUGCGCAGGUCGGUGCGCUGCUUUCGGCUUCGGCUUCUUUUCCGGGAGGUUUGUCGGGGAGGGAUACGCCUUCGUCGUCAUCGUCAUCAUGCUCUUGUUCGCCCUCCGCGGGUGGUAGUGGUGCAGGGUGUCAGGGUUUCAGUGCUUGCGCGGGUAGAAGUCCCCAGGUGAUGGGUGCCGGUGCCGGUAACUGUACCUCUGAAAUGAACUUCCCCGGUUUGGUGCACCUGCUACGUGAGGCUGGGGUAUUGGCUGCCACGAGAGAGUUUCUGCGUGAUAUGGAGGAGGAGAUUGAGCGGGAGGUGGGGAGGUUGGAGGCUGGGGUGUUUUGUGGGGAGACGAAUUCAUUGAUCAGGUUGGUGGUUGUGCGGUUGACCGUGCGGGGUUUUGUUUGAGUAUGCG